AUUUACAAAUGGCGUAUGAUUUGUGCAAGGUGCAUUUGUGCCAAUCGAAUCUGUUCAAGUGCAAUAAGUAAAUUGAAUAAAAAUAAAAAUUGCAGCUAAAAUUCUGUGCCAAACAAAUUCCUAAUAUAAAAAUACACAAAUUAAAAGGGCAUUGAGUAUUGAGUGUAUGCUACUUAACAGCGAAUUUUGAUAUCAAAUACUCAUUUCAAUCCAUACAAGUGUAAAUAUGAUACUUUAACUCCGAACAAAACAAAGAUAUAAAUAUGAAGGAAAACAGUGAAAGAUGAGAAGUGCAUUUUAUUAGCAACAGAUGUGCAACAUUUUUCGUUUUCGAGCAAUAAACAAUCGAACAGAUUCUAUAUGGCGCAUAUAAGUUGAUUUUUUUCGACGAAAAAACAAAAACAAAACCAAUAUUAGUGUAAUUUUGCUGGCUAAAAAAAUGGGACAUGCAGUUGUUGUUUGGGAAUAUGAAUCGUGUCAUCGCAACAAUGCCAAUUGGUUACCGUACACGCCAGCGGUUUCACAAUUGCUUGAACGUGCCUUUGCAAAAAAAUUAACGAGAGUAUUACUUGGGGACGCUGACCCAAGUUUAGAUCAGUACAUUGUCAAUAUACGGACAAUGGUGCAAUGUAGUGAAUUGGAAGAAAGUUCCGAUUUUCCAUUGAUCAGAGUACGUCGAAAAAUGUACAAGCCAACAAAAACAACGGCUGGCAAAGGCAUCAAAUGGGAAUGGCUGAGUCUUACCACUUCCGAAUGGAAUUUGUACAAUAUGGACGUGCAAAAUAUUCUUGAAGAUGUUUGGACAAAGGGCAUUCAAAUGUAUGACUUUAUGAGCACUUCGCUGAAUCUGCCAUUCCGCGUAAAUCUUAGCAAUUUAACAGAAAUUCGCCAUACAAACGGUGCUAUCAAGCGAAUACGACGUGUGCAACAAGCCCCAUAUCCAUUGAUUAAAGUGAAUUCCGAUGUAGAAUUAUUUGGUGUCUUAGACACGGUAGAACGUUCAACAAAUCUUAAUGUGCCAGUCGCAAAUGCGUCAAAUCCAAAACCAUUACCGCCACCAGCGGUACCAACAAAAUCGAAAAAACUUUUUCCGAAUUUAGUUAAAUCAUCAAAAAAUCAUCAAUCAUCCGCUACAAAUGAUGGCCAUCCAUCGAAUAUUGCAGCAAAUAACACCAGUUCAUCGUCGAGCAGUUCAAGUUCGUCCAAAUUAGCACGACAAAUAUUCAAUAAUUUGAAUAUAUUUAGUAAUAAGCAGCACAGUCAAACUGAACAAUCGCAAAGUAGUCCAAAUUUGACACAGUCAAAACAACAAUCGAGCAUAAAUCAAUUCAAACCGGAGCCGGUAUCCAGUUUACGUCGAACCAUUGAGAAUGGCCAUCAUAACCAUCAUCGCCGUCUCAGUAGCAAAAGUAAUAGUUCAACCGCUUCAACACAAAAUCUAAUUGCUACGCGACGCUCGUAUCGUUCACAAGACGAUGAUAUAUAUUUGGAAACGGACGGUGACAGUAGCUGUUAUAGUACAAACACUUCGGCCGGUGGAAUGCUCAAUACGUAUGGCAUUCGACGACCCAGUGUCGAUACCAUUUCAACAUAUUUAAGCCAUGAGAGUAAUGAACGUUUACAUUACGGCACGACGGAAACUACAUACAGCGGAGACGAUGAUGUUUUCUUGCCAUCGCACAAAAUUAACGGAUCAAUUGUUGGUGUUGAUGCAGACAGCGAUAUGAUUAGUCGAUUUGUGAAUGUUGUUCAUCCCGAAUGGCCAAAGUGUAGACCAUGCGUUAUUUGUCUUGAAGAGUUGAAGCACAAUCCAAAUAAUCCAGCCGUAUCGUUGAUUCGUUGCGAACAUUUAAUGCAUUUAAAUUGUUUGAAUCAUUUGAUAAUCACACAAAGCGAACAACAGCAUAAACAACAACCCGAAAGUAAUCGCCGAAAUUCACCAUUGUACAUUGAAUGUCCGGUGUGUGGCAUAGUAUAUGGUGAAAAGUAUGGAAAUCAACCACAAGGGACGAUGACGUGGUCCAUUAUACCGAAACAAGUAGCCGGGCAUGAGGGACAGAAUACCAUUCAAAUUGUUUACAACAUUGCAUCUGGAGUUCAGACGGAACAACACCCACAUCCAGGCCGUUCAUACUUUGCAGUCGGAUUUCCACGAACUACUUAUAUCCCAGAUUGUCCACUCGGACGUAAGGUAUGCCAUUUCUUAUUGGACAAAACUUAUUCAAGCGAAAAAGAUGUC